UGUCAUUAAAUAAGCCGACAAAAUAUUUCCAAAAAAUAUAUAUAAAGCAUGUUGCUUAUUUAAUUUACUUUACAUAAACAAUUAUUUAUCUAAUUACUAAGUUAUCAUGGAGACGUUACUCGAGCAACAGCGACGUUACCACGAAGAACGCGAACGUUUAGUCGACGCAAUGGUUAAAGAAAUGAUUUUCAAGAAAACAACAGUACGUGACAAUAUAAAUUCCGAUCACAGAUUAAAAAUGUUAUUAGACCAUCACAUGAACAGUACAAAAAAUCUGAAAGAAUUAUACGAAGAUAAAGACGGCGCCCGAAAAGAUGAAGUCGCUGCCCUGUCAGGCCCAAACGAGUUCAAUGAAUUCUACAACCGUCUAAAACAAAUCAAAGAGUUCUACCGAAAGCACCCACACGAGAUAAGUGUCCCCCUUUGCGUAGAAUUCCAAGAGUUAGAUAACAUGCGUAAUAACACCUCAGAAGAAUACACAAAUCUUGUUGAGUUCACCGACGAAGAAGGUUAUGGUAAAUAUUUAGAUCUACACGAAUGUUAUGAAAAGUAUAUUAACCUCAAAAACAUUGACAAAAUCGAUUACAUAUCCUACUUAACAAGUUUUGAUCACUUGUUUGAAAUCCCGAAAGACCGUAAAAAUUCCGAGUACCGCAAAUAUUUAGAAAUGUUGCUCAAUUAUUUGCAUGAUUAUAUCACCAGGAUAAAACCGCUUUUGGAUAUUGAAAAGGAACUGAAUUCGGUUCAUAAAGACUUUAUCGAACAGUGGGAGAACGGUAGUUUUCCUGGUUGGCCCAAAGAAGCAGGUAGUGCUUUGACAAAUAUCGGAGCACAUUUAGAUUUAUCCGCGUUUUCCAGUUGGGAAGAAUUAGCAUCUUUAGGUUUAGAUAGAUUAAAAUCAGCCCUGUUAGCUUUAGGUUUGAAAUGCGGGGGUACGUUAGAAGAACGUGCACAAAGACUGUUUUCAACAAAAGGCAAAAAGUCUUUUGAUUCUAAUUUAUUAGCUAAAAACAAACAAGGAAAAGAGCAAUCCAAAGAUAAUGAGCGACAGAAAGAAAUAGCAUUUUUAGAGGCACAAAUAUAUAGAUUUUCUGAUAUUUUAAGCGAGCAAAGAUUAGCUACGAAGGAGAAUGUACAAAGAAAACAAGCACGUACCGAAGGUGAGCGUGAUGAUAGCGAUGUUGAAGCGAGCGCUAGUGAAUCAGAUGAAGAUGAUACUGAUGAUGUACCGCAUAAUCCCAAAAACCUACCGCUUGGAUGGGACGGCAAACCGAUUCCAUACUGGUUGUACAAACUGCACGGCUUGAAUAUAAGCUAUAAUUGUGAAAUAUGUGGAAACUUUACUUACAAAGGUCCCAAAGCUUUCCAAAGGCACUUUGCAGAAUGGCGUCACGCCCACGGCAUGCGUUGUCUAGGAAUCCCCAACACUGCCCAUUUUGCCAAUGUGACCCAAAUCGAAGACGCUCUGGCACUGUGGGAGAAACUGAAAAAUCAAAAACAAGGUGAAAGAUGGCACCCGGAACAAGAUGAAGAAUUUGAGGACUCACUUGGAAAUGUUGUGAACAGGAAAACGUAUGAGGACUUGAAGCGACAAGGUUUAUUGUAGUGGAUACAAAUAUAUGUUUUGUAAUAUGAUUUUUAAAACAAGAAUACAGAUAAGUUUUA